ACUCCAGCCAAAGCUCGUCACAUUUCACUUUGUAGAGGUCCUGACUGCUUCACUUUCUCAUUCUUGGAAUGAAUCUGGGAUAUGACUUGUGAUGACCUCAAGAGCAGACUAUGAAGGACCAACCUGAUAAGAAGGCAAAUGGAGAGAAAAGCUAUACAAGGUCCUCAUUUGCUUUCUUCCCGGUGGUGGUGCCCCGUGGCUGUGGACUCUGGGGAUUCUUUUUCUGGGUUUAUUGUGACCGUUAUAAUGCUGACAACACAAUUAUCCCAGGUGUCUGACCUUCUAAAGAAACAGCAAGCGAACCUGACUCACCAGGAAAAUGUACUGGAGGGACAGCUGUUAGCCCAGAAGCAGGGAGAAAAAGCUUGCUACGAACAACAGAGGGAACUCAAGGAAACAGUUGAAACACUUGCCCAGAAGCUGGAAGAGAAAUCACAAAAACAAGCAGAACUUUAUCAGCAGAACCUGAAUCUCCAAGAAGCUCUGAAGAAAGCAGCAAAUUUUUCAGGUCCUUGUCCCCAAGACUGGCUCUGGCAUGAAAAAAACUGCUACUUCUUUCCCGCUGACCCAUUUAACUGGAAAAAAAGCCAGGAAAACUGCUUGUCUUUGGGUGCCCAGUUGCUGAAAAUUAAUACCACAUACGAUCUGGAAUUCAUCAAGCAAGCAAGUGCCCAUUCCAAUUUCCCAUUCUGGACGGGGUUGUCUCGGAGGAAACCAAGCUACUCAUGGCUCUGGGAGGAUGGUUCUCCUUUGAUGCCCAACGUGUUGAGACUCCAGGGAGCUAUUUCCCAGAGGAAUCCUUUAGACACUUGUGCCUAUCUACAAAGGGGAGCUGUUUUUGCUGACAACUGCAUUUUAACUGCAUACAGUAUAUGUCAGAAGAAGGCGACUCUUAUUGAGAGCACAGUGAAUUCGAAGUCUCUGGAAGAAAUGGAGGAGCCGAUCUUUGAACGCUUUUCUGGAAUUUAAGCUAUUCUUCCCCGUCUGGUGCAAACCAUGAGAGCCCUGAGAACAGAUGUCCGGAGACCACAGAGCUUCUUAGCAGAGCGGGCCUCCAGCUGCCUGACACCUGUAUGACAAAAGUUUUGAUUCUAUGUCUACAUUUUUUUUUUUUUACCUAGCUGGUCUAAAGCCUCCCAGCCAAACUUUGGUCCCUCUUCCUUGUUUAUUUUAAAGUUUCGCUCCUCUCCAAGCCUUGGGAACCCUUUCUACCUUAGUGCCAUCUUCUCCUCACCCUUCCAAACCUGCACAGAAGAAAGAAAAGGGAGGGGUUGCCCAACUGCAACAGAGGAGGAAAAAAGGGAAGAAUGCAUGGGAAACAGAGCACGUGAACAAGUAAGAAAGAGGAAAGGCCAUACUGCAAUCAAGAAGCUCAUGUUCUCAACAUCAAAAGCUACCACUUGUUGGUCUUUGAAGUCCGGGUCUCUCUCCAGGCUCUCCACAUACACACACACACACACACACACACACACAUACGCACACCCCCAUAUCUUCACAUUUUGGUGCAAUUGGGAUGUCCUGGGAAAUACUUCGAAGUCUGAUGGUCUUUUCUGUGAACUAGUUUACAAUUAAUUCUUAAAUCAGUCAUUUCUUCACCUUUUCUCUACCAAAGGACAACUUACUGCCUUUAAUUCUUUCAAACAGUAUUUGUUAGAUUCAUGGGGUGGGUGCCCCAGAAGGAAAAAAAGUUAAUUUUCCCCCCUAAAGUACAUAACUUUUAUAGAUAAACUCUUCUCAAUAUGUUUCACUGUGUUAUAGUGCAGAAACAUACAGGACCAAAAAAUAAUGACACUCAAGUGUGGAACAAACUGAGUCAUGUAUAGAGAUACCAAAUGGAAUUGGAAAUAUUCCUUCUACUUUCAGUGCAUGUAUUUUAAAUGCACAAUCAACAAUUUUUCGCAUUUGUAAACUUGUUCCCUUGAAAUCGUCACUACAAACAGGACAGUGAGCAUGUCCAUCACCCUUCAAAGUUUCAUCAUGUUCCUCCUUAAUACUUCUUCCCCAGGCAACCACCAGUUCAAUCUCAGGGCGAAUUUUGUAGUACAUUAUAUGAAUGAAAUCAUACAGUAUGCCUUUUUUCUCUAGCUAUUUUUACUUAGCAUAACUAUUUUAAGAUUCAUCUAUCUUUUUGUUUGUAUUAAUUUUUCAUUCCUUUUAAAUGUUGAAUAUUUUUCUUGUGUGUGAAUAGACCACAAUUUGUCUAUCCUUUUACCUGUUGAUACCAUUUGGAUUCUUGAAAAGAACUAAUAGAAAUAAAGCUGCUAUGAACAUUCGUGUUUAAGUUUUGUAUGAACAGAAUUUCUCUUGAGUAAAUAUUUAAGAGUGUAAAGUCUGAAUCAUUCACUAAGUGUAUGUUUAGCUACUUAAGAGACUGCCACACUAUUUUCCAAAGUUGUAGCUUGUUACAUUCCUACUAGCAGUGUACUAAUGCUCCAAUUCCACUGCAUCGUUGUCUAUACUUGGUAUAAUCAGUUUUGUAAUUUUAACUAUUCUAAUAGAUAUACCACGGUAUAUCAUUUUAGCUUUACUUUGCAUUUCCUAAAUGGAGAAUGAUUUUAAGCAUCUUCUUUUGUGAUUGUUUAUUAUCUGUACAUUUUCUUAGAUAAAAUCACCUACAAAUUUCUUGAA